AUGAAUGGUCCUGGGCCAGAGAUCCAGAACGGGCGCAACUCCCCACCUCCGGGCCCGUUUGGCUAUUCCUUCCUUUCCCCCAUGGAUACCCCAUAUGAACAAGCUCCCGCCUUGCCCCCGGGACCCUCUCUCCUUGACGAUAAUGAAUCCAACAUGCUAGACAAUUUCUUUACGACUAUGAAUGCCAAUAAUAGCUUCACGAAUGACUUUUGGGUUCGAACACAACACAAUAAAGCACCGGGGCUUAACUUCGAUUGGUCCGAUGAACUACCGCCGACCUUUGAAGGAUCCACAACAUCCUUGUCGCAACCCUCAUAUCAGCAGCAUAGCCUUGGAAAGCCAAGCAUGAUGGCGGGAAAUACAGCAGGUACAGAUAUCUAUGCCGCAGCCUCAAUGCUUUACCAGGGUGACAUGAAUGGAUCAGAUAUUGGGUCCGCACUCGCUCAACAGGUUUUUGGGACGCAGCCUCUUCUCAACGGGGCCCAUAUGAAUGGACCUCAUCCCCGUCACAACUCACAGUCGGCUUCUGUUGCGCAGGUGAACACUUCAUCCAACAACAGGCUCCCCACCGGUUAUCAUACUUCUGAAAUGCUCUUUGAUGUGCGCGAUCCCAUUCGCGCGGACCAGCACCCAUCUCGCAAGGUUCGCAGCCUUCAGUGGGGCACCGAUAUCAGCUUCAUGGACCAAGGCUACGUGGCCCCACCCGAUCAACCAGAUGAAGAGACGCGUACCAGAGAGUUAUUAAAUCAUCUUGAUUGUUUUGAGCCGCAGACUAGCGCGGCCAAUACACGGGCUCCCAGCCCCGAGCGCAUGCCAGGAGGCCAUGCCCAUCGCUCCAGCAUCCACAGUAUCGAUACGGAAGAUGUCUCUCAACCGCGCAAACGGCAACGGAUUAUCAAAGAGUAUCUUUCAGAUGAUGAUGACGCGAAACUACCACCUCGCAAAUCGCGCACCCCGAGCAACACCAAGGUGCGCCGUGUAUCAACCAAUGCGCCUCGCAAAGCGAGUAUUCAAUCGAACAGCAAGAACGCGCGGGAGAAUUUGUCCGAAGAGCAAAAGCGAACCAACCAUAUUCUUUCCGAGCAAAAACGACGCAAUCUCAUCCGUCAGGGCUUUGACGAUCUUUGUUCCUUGGUCCCUGGGUUGCGGGGCGGAGGUUUCAGCAAAAGCGCUAUGCUCACCCAAGCGGCUGACUGGCUCGAGGACAUCAUACGUGGUAAUGACAUCCUGCAAAGUCAGUUGGCUGAUAUGAAAAAUAUCAACGGCCUCGUGAUGCCUAGAUAA